AUGUCUACCACCGACAAGCCAACCACCCGCACCACCGCCAACCGCACCGUCAUCAAGCAAUUCGAGAAAGACGACAAGGUCAAGACUUCCAAAUGCAAAGUCUGCGGCAAGCGUGUCACCAAGUACUCCCAGCGCUGCGGAGCCUGCGGUAUCCGUAUCUGUCACGAAUGCCUCGAACCCGACGGCACGAGCGUCUCAGGCCACAAGGACAUGGCUGAUGACUACGUCAACCACGGAUGUUGGUGUGGUUUCCGAAGCAAAUUCAACCCGGCUUUCAGCGGCAAGAUUCCCGUCGUCCAGAAGCAGCCGAGUGUCAAGAAAGAAAAGAAGGCCGAGUCCUCCUCUACCUCCUCCUCCACUGCGCAGCAGCAGAAGGUUCCCCAAGAAGAUGGAGUUUCUCCUGCCAAUGGAAAGGUCGCUGUCAAUCUCAAUCCAUCCAACAACGCCGGAGAAACAUCCAAGCCCAAGCGCAAGCGUAGCACCGAAGACAGCAGCAAGGCCCCCUCUCCGAAGCGCCAGAAGAAUGCCAAACAGCAAUCGCCAGCAGAGGCCCGCCUCGCCCGUGCACUCGAAAUUUUGGCAUCAGAAGACUACGAAGACGGUCUCGACCGAUUGCCAAAGAAGCCCGCUCCGCGUGCCGCAGCCAAGAAGCCAGCCGUCGAGAAGAAGAAGUCGUCCAGCCAGAAUCCGUCCUCUUCAGACCUCUCCUCGCCUCCCAGCCACUCCAGCCAGGAGAAGUCCGCUCCCGCUCCCGCCGCAGCCAAGUCAAAGCACAUGCGGAAGCCCAGCUCCACCGCCAGAGCAGGCCGAUCCGCAGGCCCACCAGUCAGCCAAGAAAAGCCGAAUGAGGGCAUAGUCAUCAUCGGCGCUGGUGUAAUCGGCCUGUUCACCGCUCUCGAGCUGGCGACAAAGGACGCUACCGCUGGAAAGGCACCCCGAAUCACCGUCGUCGACGUCAACGACGGGAUCUGCUGCCUCGCGUCCGGCCACAGCGCCGGGGUCCUCUCUCACCGCGGCCUGGACGAUGGCCUGCUCCCGCUGGUGGACGCCGCUUACGCUCGCUGGGCCAAGCUCUUCGACGAAGAAGACGACUUCUUCGACCUCGUCGGCUUGGGGCGCAUGGACCAGGCGGCCGAAGACGAAGAUCACUUCGGCCACCUGGACCCUCUGCGCCUGGCGAAGUGGCUUCACCAGCGGUGCGAGGCUCUGGGAGUGGCCUUCCGUCUCGCCAGCCAUCCCACGGCAAUCGUCCGCAACGCUGGCUACCAGGUGACCGGCGUGUGCGUGAAGGGGGCCAAUGCCGUCGGGAGCAAAGGACUGGUCAUCCCAUGCUCGCAAGUCGUCCUCGCGGCAGGCCCCUUCACGCCGGCCCUCUACCAGCACCUCUGCCACGGCGACGCUGCCCUUCCGCCGACCGAAGUGCAACAGGCUCACUGGGUCGACCUCCCGAUCUCGAAAGAGACGUUGGCUUCCAAGCCGACGGGAGCCCUCUCCAUGGCUCCUCAGGAGACGCCCGGUGGCGAGAAGGUCCUCCGGCUGGCCAUGUGCCUCGAGUCCACCGGCACCAAGGUGGACACGACCAAGGCCAUGCCGCAAGGCCAGCCUCGCUGGAAGGAGAGCAUCGCCGGCAGAUUCCGACAGGUGAUCGAGCGGCACGUCCCCGCGGCGGCUGCUUUGCCCCUGGGGGCCCACGGGGCUGCCUAUGUUAGUACGGGGCCAGUAUUGGCCGCCCGUGGGCAGGUGUAUCUUGCCUACGGGUUCGGCUUUCAUGGCACCACGUUGGCCCCCGGGGUGGGGGAGUUCAUCGCGCAGAAGAUGCUGGGAGAGGCAACCGCUGUCUAA